AGAAUAUAUGUAUUUUAAAAGUGGACAAGUGCGGAUUGCGGGGGCGGCACGUGCUAGUGGCCUUAGAAUUUGGCAGAAAGGCAAAUGAGGGAACUGUGACCCGGAGUUCACCUUGAACAGUCGAAAAUCACAGCCCGCAAAAACUAAAAAAAUUAGCAAAUAAAAAAAAUUAAUCAAAAGCGGGGGCGGCAUUGUUUAUUGUGGAUUUUACCGAGAAAUAGUGGGGUCAUUGAUGCAAUCUAACCUCUCCGAAUAGGGGGCGAUGGUUCAAGGCAGCAAAAGUAGAAGAGAAGAACACUUUUUCACGCAGUGCUGGUAGUGAUUUUUUUCGCGUUUAAAGUUAUUACCUAGUGAUCUCAUUCCCAUCGUAAGCCGUCGAUUGGGAAGAAAACGGCGCCAAACGUGUUUGUGGUAGAAAAAAGGUGUGAUAUCGUUUUUUUACGCGUUUCCGCGGAGACGAUAAUGGCGGCAACGUUUCGAAAGCUAGUCACCUGGGCGCUGCUGGUGGGUUCGCUGGUGCUGCAGCAGGGUUCGUGUGCCAGUUUGGCUGAGGAAAAUACCGUUGGUGGCGGGGACCAAUCAUCGGUCUCGUCAUCGAAGCUGGCCAUUCCAACGCUGGGUGGAUUGUAUCGCAACACUCGGGAUGAGUAUGGACGCCUCGGAAGAGAGCCCCGCUGCGGAGGCUGUGGAGCGAGCGCCGGUGGCAAUGCCGAUCGGGACAUGAGGUCAUACGGCCGGCCAGGUGGGAUUUAUGGAUAUUACAGUGGCCGGGGGUCGAUCUAUGACGAUAGGAACUGGUACUAUCGGCCGGAUGGGUACAGCGACGACCGGGCCAGCAAUCGGGGCGGCGGCGAUGGAUAUUACAUGAGGCCCAGCUACAUGAAUAUGAUGAUGGGGUACGAUGAUCGCUACAUGAACCGUUACGAUGACCGACACUAUCCGAUGUCGAUGCGUGGUUCAUAUGACAGUCGGGGGCCAGGCGAUCGGAUGGGUGGUGGUUACUAUGGAUCCCCUGAUAUGGGCAUGCGAGGAGGUGUUUAUGGCUACCGCGGCAACGGCUACGAUAAUCUUGAUCCAAAUUAUGAACAGUACAUGAUGAUGUCACGUGGUGGCUACGGACCAAGCGGUAAUCGAGAUCGUCAUUACGGAACAUCCGGUGGAUACGGUGCUGGUUACGAUGAUCGCCAUCGUGGUAGCUACGGUGGAUACGACAAUAAGAACUUCCGGCCGUGGGAUGAAACGUACAGAGGAACAUCCGGUUUUGAUAAUUCUGGACGUGGUUAUUAUUUUGCAAGUCGCCCACCGAGUUCCCCAUCACCAUCUGCACCGGGCCAAUAUCCACCAUCCCAACAAUCACCAUCAGCACCAUCGUCGUCAUCCUCCCACUACCAUCACCACCAGAGCAAACCAUCGGAUGGAACUUACACCAGCCAGCCGAUCGGUUUCCACCACAGCAGUGGCCCGGACAGGCCGGAUUACUCUGGGGGCUCCGGCGAUCGUCGACCCUGCUGUCCGGACUGCUGUUCGGCGUCCUCGUCGAGCCGGUAUCCAUCAGGUCCCACCGGAACGGGUGCUGGGUAUAAUCAGCCACAUAACACACACCAACAGCAGCAACAGCAUCCGCAUCAUGGCGAGCGACCAGAUCAUGAUCGACCAGGCGAAUGGAGCUACUUAAGUGGUGCUGGAGGUAGCGGAACGAGUGGGCAUGACUACCAUCAACAGGGUUCUCAGGCGUCCGGAAGUAGUUCGUCGCAUUCGCAAUCCGGGCAUGACUACGGCAAUCGGGGUGGAUACAAUGGCCAUAAACCCGAAGGUGGUGAUCGGCAACAAAACACUGCCUAUGGUUCCCGUCCCCGUCCGGGGGGCUUAGGCGCCACCAGCUACCUAAUGGAUCGGGACACUGGUAAUUCCGUGAGCGGCGGCGGCGGUACCAUCAGUGAACUGCAUUCGUCCGAUUUCAACGACAUCAACGGAGGGACAGUCGGCCAGGGUUCCAGUUCAUCCAACGACAACGACGAAGGGGCAUCAUCAUCAGCAGGAGCAACAGCGGCCCAUGAAGGAAAAUCCCUCGGAGAAAGCUCACUCAAAAACAAUGAUUCCUAAGAUUUGGCGAAACAGAGAGCAAAAAAAAAAUCGGCAACAGCAGAAUGCAAAACAAUCCCUCCCGCAAUGACUAAUGGAAUUUUAAUCCCGGCGAAGCGAACAAUGGACUUGGUGAGAAAUGGAAGAAGCUUAAGUUAGGGAACAAAUAAAAUGAAACUCGAAUAAAUUUAAGAAGAGACGACAAUUUUCGUGGGGCACCGAGGAAUUAGAAACAAAUACGACAGGGGCGUAUAACUGAGACAAAAAAGUGUAUUCCAGUUUCAAAUGCAUUUUUUGUUUGUACUUAAAAAUUAAAACAAGACUUAGCAUCUAAGGGAAACAAAAAUCUAUUUAUAAUCAUAAACAAAAUAAUAGCAAAUAAAUAUAACAGAGAAAAC